AUGCGCGAAAGCGCCAUGGGACGGAGCAAACGGAAGAGGAACAGCCGGGUCAGCAGUGGUGGUGGCAGCAUGCGUGCGUCCCACGGGCUUGGGCCCUUGCAGGAGGCGAUGAGGCAGGCGACGAACCGCGAGAAGGCGGCCAAGAUCGCAGAGAAGGAUCCCUUUGGGCCGGUGGACGAGCAGCUAGACAAGAGCAACGCGUCCGAGGCGGUCAACACAGCCGCCAUGGCCCAGGACUUGGAGUACCCCGGUUUCGAGGUGGAGGACCAAGUGUGGAACCGGCUUCUAGAACUGAGGGGCAGCAAGAUUGGGAAAGAAUUGGAGCUACGGAAGCAACAUCGGCUCUUCGCCAUCAUGAAACGCAAACUCGAGGCCCUCCAGGCAGACUGCGACUCCGUCGACAGCCAGGUUACGGUUAUCGAGAAACGGAAACGGGCGAUCAGCGAACGCGCCUACCUCGCAGAGAAAAACAUCGAAGUGCUGGUCAAGCUCAAACAGGGGCAAGACGAGGUGCCCCGAGGGGCCGUGGUGACAGACUACGGCGACAGCGUGCUAAUUCCGUCAGCCAUCGUCAACCAUACCAACGAGGAAAUUCGCAAGCUUGGAGGGGAGAAGGUUCGUACCCUGAACAAGAUCAAGCAGUUCCGGAAGAACAUCAACUUGAUGCAAUGGGACCACACCUACCUCGACGAGCAGGUCAAAGACCGCGAGGCGUACUACAUCGACCUACAACUCUUGCGGGUGACAAAGAAGCUUCAGGCAGUGCUCAAGGGCGACCGGGGAGAGAAAGACAAAGAGCUUGUGCAGAAAACAGAGGCCAGGGUAGAGAUGAUGGAGAGGUCGCACGAGUCCAAGACAAACAAAGCGAGGCAGGCAAACGCCAAAAUCGCGCAACAGCUCCAAGAGCGAGAAGACGAAAACCGGAGGGUGAACGGGCAGCUGGGGCAGCUGGCCACCAGCGUUAAGGUGCGCGAGGCCAUCUUCCGGAGCCACAUGGAGUCGUCCGGCGGGGAGAUCAACCCAGCGCAGCAGAGCGCCGGGCGAAUGAAGCGCAUCACCACAAGGCGGCGCCUGGUCGACCUCGCUCGGGCGCAGACGGGAGAGAUAGAAGCUCUUAAGGCCGAGCUUGACAGGCUCCGUCAGAGGACGUUCCCGUCUUUUGCGCACGCUGCCCGAAACAACUUGUGUGUUGCUGACACACGUUAG